AUGGGCUCAAGCACGUGUACGCGCAAGCGCAAGGCUGGUCACCUGGGCUUCCAGGCGAAUGAAGUUGCGUUCAUUGAAGAUGAGAUGGCAGCAUUGGCAGCCGAGUAUGGACUAGAAGUGGACCGAGACGUGGCCAAGCACGUGCAGCAGCGCAAGCAGCACAAGAAGUCGCGGCGACGACAGUAUGUAAGCCCCCAAGUUGAACCCACUUAUAGCCGCAACAUAAGCGCAACUUCACGGGAUAACCACUCGUCAGAUGCAGAGCUUACGUUGCGCGAGCUCAACGACGAAAAAGCUGUCCACGAUCAGUGUCUCGUGCAUGUAGCUGCUGUGCUGCCAGACACGUGUGCUCUAAGAGCUUGUAGUGUACCUGGCUGUUCGUGUGUAAACGGAUCCAAGUCCAUUGGACUGCAAAAACAACGAGAGGACGGUGACAAAAAGAGCACAAACCACGUGCUGAAGAGGGUCGAGUGUCACAAGUGUCACCAUGGCGUGUUGCAGCAUUCGAUAGCGGUGCGGGAAGAUGUCGCUGAUGGUAUUGUAGCCCAAUUAAGUGGCGGUCAACGACUGUUGCAGACCUUGUUUCAAAUUAUUCGAUUUGGAAGGAUCAGUGCGACAUGUUUUCAGAGUCGUGUGUGGACCACAUCAGCCCUCGACCAACUGGAUACAGUGGUCGUACACCUCAAGCGACAAUGUACGACUGGAGGAGCGCAAAAUGGUCAAAAGUCUACCGAGGAAGUGCAGCAAGAGCGACAACUACUAUUGAAAUUGCAGACACAAUUGCAAAAAGCUCAGCAAGCUGUGCGUACAGCGUCUUGGGAUGAAUUGCGUAUUUCAUUGGCCUGUGUGUGGGACCAAAUGUACUACCAAACGUACUAUGUGGCUCUCGUGUUGUACGGACGUGCCUGUGGUGCUGUACCUUCACCCGAAGAGUACUGGAAAGACCUCGAUCACUUUAUUCCUGAAAGUACAUUGCAAUGGGAAGCUUUUGUCCAUCAAGAGCUCUUGAGCUCGAAUGUACCGUCUCGAUUGAUUGCGUCGCUGGCACUUCCAGUUUUGGCAUCGUUAGGAGCAUCAAAGGACGAACUCGGACGUGAAAAGCUCCGCCAAGCUCAGCAAGAGAGGGACAACCCUUUGUUAGCUAUUUACCACGCACGGCUGCGUGAAGGUGUGCGACUGUUUUAUGAAGAAGGUGUUGGGAUGAAUGGCGAAAUGGACGCUGUGCUCGCGAGACCUCCAGGUACUGCGCACAUCCAAAUUACUAGUAAGAACAUCAAGAGUUCAAAGAGAAAGCCGCUCAAGAAAAAAAAGGACCGUUGGGAGAGGAAAAGUGGGGCUCGGACUCGAAGUGAUGGCGACCAAGACUUGUCGGCUGCACUAGUGGAAAUGCCUUGCUACCCGCUUCUUGCAGACUGGCGCAACAAUUGUCGCGAUUGGUGCUGUCACUUGUAUGCGUAUGCAACUCCUACAGAGCAGGCACUGGAUGUAAUGGCAAAUUAUGCUCCACUUGUCGAGAUAGGCGCUGGUACAGGCUACUGGAGCUCGCUCUUGCAGCGCCGUGGUGUCGAUAUUGUCGCGUAUGAUAAAACUCCGCCGAGCAAUGAGGGUGCAGGUGGCAAUGUGUAUCAUGGUCACGUGCCUCCGUUCUGCUCCGUUGGUCAGGCGGGUCCAGAAGUGCUUGGCCGGGAAGAUCUGGCAAAGCAUAGUUUGUUCUUGUGCUACCCACCACCAGGUGAUGCCAUGGCAUUUCAAAGUGUCCAGCUGUUCCAGGGGAACGUGAUCCUGCACGUUGGCGAGUGGCAGGGUGAUACGGGUGACAGACGCUUUGAAAAUGAACUCCAGCGCCGCUUUGUGCUCGUGGAGGAAGUUUCGCUGCCCAACUGGGGCAACUCAGCGUACGGUCUGACAGUGUGGCGUCGCAAGGCGAAGGAUGUCGAGCACGUGGCUUGGAGAGCAAUGAGCUGUUUCCAAUGUGAAAAGACGCUCAGUGAUGCCGCUGCCGAGGGCACGCGGCUGCGACGAUGCGUUGUCUGCAAGACCAAUGUGUAUUGCUCGCCUGUUUGUGCGCAACGAGACGCGGUAGGUCAUGCUGCCGAGCACGCAGUACGGCUAGUGUUUCUGGAAGCUCCUACUUCAAGUUUGGCGUACGACCGCAUGUUUGAGAACACCGCCUACUAUCGCGAGCUGCUCGAGCCGGAUUUAGAUGACAGUGUUGUGGCUGUUAAGAGUGAUUGGAACGCACUGGUAAAUGUUGACGCUGCAGCUCAGUGCGACGAUACGAAUUCCGAUGAUGAAAGUCAUGAUGGAGACAGCGAGGAAGAGGAGGACGUCUCGAAUACCGAGAUCGAGUCCGGGAAAAGCUCGAUCAAGGCUGCUUUCGCUUUCAACUUUGGCAUGUAA